AUGGGCUGCGGCGCCAGCCAGCCCGGAUCUCCCGAACCUCAAGAGGAGCACCAGCCGCUGCUACACGACCGAAGGCCCGGCGGAGGCGACCACCAGCGAUGGCGCGCCGAGGCCCAGCGCUCGCCCUCGUCCCUCCCGCGCAGCGACAGCGGCCCACCGCCAGCCUCGCCGCAGCGUCGCGAGAAGAAGACCCGCGUCUCGCCCCGCUCGACCCACCACAACAACGUCAACGGCACCGUCGGCGCCGACCUAACGACAGAGCAGAUGGCGCUGGCCAUCGCCGUGGCCGCGCUCAACAGAGAACGCGCCGGCGCCGGCGGCGUUGGUGAGGCGGAGGAGCGGCGGGCGCGGGCGCUUGCGGCGGCGAUGGUGGCGUGGGCCGAGGGUCAGGCGGCGCAGCUGAUGACGCCGGCGGCGGCGGACGACGGACGCGAGGUGGGGCGGCCGCCGCGGCACAACUUCUGCUUCAAGUGCGGCGCGGCCCUGCACUCGGCCGCCACCUUCUGCGCCGACUGCGGCGUCAAGCUCCCGCGCGAGGGCGACACCGAGUCGUGGCGUGAGCGCGAGGCGAGGCUGAAGCGGGAGCGCGACGAGAAGGAGCGGAAGGAGGAGGAGGACCGCAGGCGCCGCGCCGUGUCCGACGAGAGCGAGGAGGCGACGCGCCAGGUGAGCGAGGAGCUCGAGGUGCUCCUGCGCGACUGCCAUCCGAGCCCGUGCGUGGACCUGCCGCCAUCGUCGUCUUCCCCAGAGUCGACGCCGUCGACGCCAUCGCCAGCGACCUUCGCCUCGCCGCCGACCGUGUCGACCGACGAGUACGCCGCUUUGCUGAAGACGAUGUACGCGCAGGGCCUCCACCACCCAUGA